AGUGUAGCGCUGACAGUGCUAGGACGCAGCAGUGGUGCGCUGCUGUUGCUCAAGUCUCCAUUCACACGGCAACCCUGGCCCUCCUUCUCUGCCCCGUUGUAAUUGCACGUGGAACUGACAGACGUGGAGUUCUGCAAUGGCGCCCACUGUGUACAUCUCGGACAUAGCCAGCAAUCCAAGCAGAAGUCACCAGCAUCCGGACACGUUGGAUGACUUCCUCGAGGGCGACCUGCGUGUCAGGAGACGACCUCAUCGCCCCCUGAGGAUCCACAAGGACCGACGGACUCGAGGCAGUGUCUGGCUGCAGUCUCCACAAAUGGGACUGACUGCUGAUGAUCUGCAGCAACAAGCCACAUCACGGGGGGAAGAGGAGGCGAGCAUUUCCGCUAACAGUAUCAGUAGCAGUUGCAUUGACACUAGAAGCAGUAAUCCCGAAUAUGGAAGUGAGGGCAGUCAGGACUGCAGUUCUCCAUCCGACAAGCAGGAGAAGUGGUGCAGGGAAGAGAUUUUGGAGCACCAGCAACAGCAGUGCCAACGACUUCUGCUGUUGCGGAAGCGUGAAGGCCUGUUGGACAUCACAGUGAGGACUGUGAACCUCGUGAGGAGGAAUCAACAGCUGCAACACCGCCUAGCUGCCCUGCAGGCCGAGACCAGGGCGUUCGUCAGAUCUGUUCUGAACAACCCAGAGAAUCAGGCAGUCCGAGAACUAACCUCAAGGUCAAAACGGAAGUCAAGAAAUGAGGAUGAAAAUGAAGAUAACAGCAGCAAGAGACUGAAGCUGGACUCAGUCACCAGCACUACAAUCGCCACUGCUGCCACUACCAACAGUGCUACAAAGCUGGAGCAGGAUCCGGCUAUCUCAGAGAGUGACAACAAUCAGAAAUGAGACCGGUGUUCACCAUAUAUAGAAACAGUUAGUAUUUAUGAGAGAAGUGAUAGCAGUUUUGGAACAUUUGCUACACUUACAGUUUCUGGAAAAGAAGUUAGCACCUGUGCAGAGGUACGGUUUUUGUCUCUCAGGACUUUGUGAAGAUUAUGAAAUUAUAAGACUGUAUGAUGCAUGGUCUUCGAUAUUGGCUUCAUUUGCAGACAGGGGUAUGAAACUUGGAGGUGGCAAUGGAGUAAUGAAAUUGCAACAAAGAAAACAGAGAGUCGAUCUGUUAUGUAAACUUCAAAAGCAAUAGUUCACAAACCAAAGUAGUUCUGAGAGUUAUACAUGUGAAUGCUAUUUCAGUUUUAGUUUUUAAUGUAAGUUACUGCUUCCAAUACUACGUUCAAAUUUUCAUACUGUAGGUAGUAUGAGUAAUAUAAACUAUGCGGCAAAUGUGCCUCUGUUAUCAGUAUUUUUUUCCUUCUCUUUUACAUCAUGCGUGUUAUCUUUGAUUGUAAAGAAUAAUAUCCCACAAAACAUAAAAACACUUCCUUUCUAAUUCAUAUCCUGCAUCGCAAGAAUAUAUGUGAAAACUUUGUUUUUGUAUAUCAUUUCAUAAAUUAAUUCUUUUAAGCUUCUUAUAUUCUUAAUCAGUGAGUUAUUGUCACUUUUAGACAGUUUGCAAAGCAAUACUUAAAAGACUUUUAAAUGUGUAUUACUAUUAUCUCCACAUGAUUUGUUGUGUAUAAAUAAUUACUAGUCCAAGCAGUUGUGUUAACAAAGCAAUGUGU